AUAAAGUCCAAGCCUGGGGCAAACUCCUGUCCCUUCCAACUUGUCGCCUACUGGAAAUGUUCCAGUGCCCAUACUGACUUGAAGAUCGACUACAAGUACAAUUCUCAUGCCAUGAGUUCACCGACUCCGCUUUUAAAUGUUGCAGUAGCUGUACCCGUACCGGGAAUUGUUAAACAUAUGCAGACCAAACCUAUUGCACAAUGCUCUGCUGAAACCAACAGAGUAAUAUGGAAGUUCACAGAACUCUCACAACAUUCUGAAAAUCAUGGUGUUGGAUCCGUUGCAGCGAGAUUCGAUUUAGAAAAUGGUCCUGGUGCACCACAAACAGUAUCUACACAGUUUAAUUGCGAAGGAACCACUUUGUCUGGAAUCGAUUUUCAGUUAAUUGGACCAGGAUAUAGGUUAUCUUUGGUGAAGAGACGAUUUAUUUCUGGCAAGUACAUCUGUGACGGAGACCAGAAAUUCAGUUCAGGAACAGGGACGCCAUCCACUGUGUCGACGGUAUCAUCUAUUGGUGAUCUCAAUUGCUAGCAUUCCUACAUAUCCCCUUUGCAAUACCCUUUCUGUUUCUUAUACAUUUAUAAUUCAUCAGUUUUCAUUUAUGACUAUUCCCAUGUUACAUAUAGCCUAUAUAUUAACAUAGUUUAUGAAAGCUAUUUUAUAUUCAAAUAAAGAGUUGGAGCACCUUU